AUGCGUUCCUCGCCUUAUGUCCCGACGUGCCUAAUCUCUUCCGGUCGUUACAUCCGCAUCUUGGAGUGGAAACCGGUGGAAGAUGAAGUAAGGCUCCGGUUGUCCUCCUUAGAGUAUGGGAGGUCGGGGCUGCGGAAUUGGGAUGCGGGGCGGGAGGCGAAGCAUCCGAGGGGGCGGGAGUCGCGAAGCCCGGACGGCGCCGAGACUCUUCCAGGGGAGCCCUACCCGUUGACGAAAUUGAAGUUAAUCAAGGAACUCAAGGAGCGAGAGGUCCAGCUGGGGGUGGCGGAGAAGGUGUCCUGGCACACCGAGUACAAGGACAGCAGCGCCUGGAUCUUCUCGGAUAACAGUACACUAUAUGGUGAGAUUGUUAACAUAAAUCUGGUACACAAUAAGAAGACUGGGAAAUCCAAGGGAUUCUGUUUCCUUUGCUAUGAAGACCACCGGAGCACAAUUCUGGCUGUUGACAAUUUUAAUGGCAUCAAGAUCAAAGGACGAACUAUUCGAAUGGAUCAUGUGUCUAACUAUAGGGCUCCUAAGGACUCAGAUGAAUUGGAUGAUGUGACCAGAUUGCUUCAGGAGAUGGGUUGUGGAGCACACAAGCCUCCAAAAUUUUCAGAUGAGGACUCUGAGGAUGACAAGCCCACAAAAAAAAAACGCAAAAAAGGUAAAACAAAAAGGAAAAAAGUAAAUGAAGAAAAGCGGGAGGUACAGCCCGAUGCACCAGUCUCCUCUUCAUCACCCAGAAGCAAGAUGCUAAAGGAAAACAAUUCCCCUGACUGUAAAAAGUUCAACAGCAAGAACUCAAAAAAGAUUCAGAAGUCAGAAUUCAGGGAGGGGCAGAAGCAGCCGGAGCAGAGACAGGGAGCCAAAGAAGGAAAAGACAGGGAGCCAAAGAAGAAGAAGCCCAAACAGGAACACAGGUCCUUAAGUAUGACGGAGGAAAGGGAAGAAAAGAACAGGGAUAGGGACAGAGAUCAAAGGUCAGAUACCCACAUUGGCUGGCAGGCACAAGGAGCAUUCUAA